AUGGCUCAAGGCGCAGUGGGUUUUGUUGGGUUGGAUGAAAUCACUUUGGAUUUGGCGGCUUCUCUUCUUCAUUCUGGCUAUGCCGUUCAAGCAUUCGAGACAUCCAGUCCUCUGAUGGAUGAGUUCUCAAAGCUAGGGGGCAGAAGAAGUUCCAAUCUGAUGGAGACAGGGAAAGGUGUCAGAGCUUUGGUUAUAUUGAUAUCUCACGCUGAUCAAAUAAAUGAUAUUAUUUUCAGUCAAGAGGGUAUUUUAAAAGAAUUGCAGAAAGACACGGUCAUUGUUCUCCAUUCAACCAUAAGCCCAGCACAUAUCCAGAAGCUGGAAAAGAGUCUUACAGAGGAUUAUCAGAUGGAUUUCGUUGUUGACAUGUACGUCUUGAAGGCAGUAUCUGAGGUUUUGAAUGGAAAAGUGAUGAUUGUAUCUUCAGGAAGAUCUGAUUCCACCUCACGUGCACAGCCUAUCCUUUCAGCCAUGUGCGAAAAACUUUUCAUGUUUGAGGGUGAACUUGGUGCGGGAAGUAAAUGUAAAAUGGUAAUUGAGCUCCUUGAAGGCAUUCAUUUUGUAGCUUCACUUGAAGCCAUGUCUCUAGGUGCUCAAGCAGGGAUUCAUCCAUUGAUAAUUUAUGAUAUCAUCUCUAAUGCUGCAGGAAGUUCAUGGGUUUUCAAGAAUUACCUUCCUCAGUUGUUAGCGGGUAACCAAACCAAGCAUCACUUCCUCAAUACUUUUGUUCGAAACUUGGGGACAGUCCUGGAUAUGGCAAAAUCACUUAUAUUUCCUCUUCCACUUUUAGCUGUCGCUCACCAGCAACUUCUAGCAGGAUCUUCACAUGAAUUGAAGUAUGGCGAGGAUGCCACAUUGCUUAAAGUCUGGGAAAAGUUCUCUGGAGUGAACGUCAUAGAUGCAGCCAAUGAGAAAGCUUAUGAUCCUCAGGAACUGGCUCGCAAAUUGCCAACCAAUUCAGAUACUGUGAAACGAAUUGGAUUUAUUGGACUUGGAGCUAUGGGUUUUGGCAUGGCAACUCACCUUCUGAAAUCAAAAUUUUCUGUAGUUGGUUACGACGUUUAUAAGCCUACACUAUCUCGAUUUGCAAAUGAAGGUGGCUUGAUAGGCAACUCCCCGGCAGAAGUAUCAAAAGAUGUUGAUGUACUGGUUGUGAUGGUUACAAAUGAAUCUCAAGCUGAAAGUGUUCUAUAUGGUGAUCAUAGUGCUGUGGGAGCCCUUCCAAAUGGAGCAUCUAUUAUCCUGUCGUCCACUGUUUCUCCAGCAUUUAUCAGUCAACUAGAGAGAAGAUUGCAAAAUGAAAAGAAGAAUUUGAAGUUGGUAGAUGCUCCUGUCUCUGGUGGCGUCAAGAGAGCUGCCGAUGGAACGCUUACUAUAAUGGCGUCAGGUACAGAUGAAGCUCUGGAGCAUGGUGGUUCAGUUCUUUCAGCACUAAGUGAGAAGCUUUAUGUUAUUAAAGGAGGUUGUGGAGCUGGAAGUGGUGUAAAAAUGAUCAAUCAGCUACUUGCUGGAGUUCAUAUUGCAUCGGCUGCUGAGGCAAUGGCAUUUGGAGCUCGAUUAGGUCUUCAUACAAGAUUGUUGUUUGAUGUCAUUACACACAGUGCAGGAACAUCAUGGAUGUUUGAGAACCGUGCUCCACACAUGGUGGAUAAUGAUUAUACGCCAUUAUCCGCACUUGAUAUCUUUGUGAAGGAUCUGGGCAUUGUUUCUCGGGAAUGUUCAUCUCGUAGAGUUCCACUGUUUGUUUCUAGUGUUGCACAUCAACUUUUCUUGUCAGGUUCGGCUGCUGGGUGGGGUCGAAUAGAUGAUUCUGCUGUAGUAAAGGUUUACGAGACACUCACUGGUGUCAAAGUCGAAGGGAAAUCCCAGUUUAUUAGUAAAGAGUCUGUGUUGAAAUCUCUUCCAUGUGAGUGGCCAGAAGAUCCCAUUGAGGAUAUACUUAAACUAACCCUGAAAAACUUGAAAACUUUGGUUGUUUUGGAUGAUGAUCCAACUGGGACUCAAACUGUGCAUGAUGUUGAGGUAUUGACAGAAUGGAGCGUUGAGUCACUUGUUGAUCAGUUCAAUAGAAGGCCAAAAUGCUUUUUCAUUUUGACAAAUUCCAGGGCAUUAAGUUCUGAAAAGGCUAGUGCAUUAGUAGCAGAGAUCUGCAGGAACUUGUCUACUGCAGCAAAGACAGUGAGCAACACUGACUACACAGUAGUUCUGAGGGGGGAUUCGACUUUACGCGGUCAUUUCCCAGAGGAAGCAGAUGCUGCUGUUUCUGUAAUUGGUGAGAUGGAUGCAUGGAUAAUUUGCCCUUUCUUCCUACAAGGAGGCCGGUACACUAUUGGCGACAUACACUAUGUUGCAGACUCUGAUAGACUCAUCCCUGCUGGUGAAACAGAGUUUGCGAAAGAUGCUUCUUUUGGUUACAAGUCUUCUAAUCUUCGAGAGUGGGUGGAGGAGAAAACUGGAGGACGUAUACCUGCUAGCAGUGUUGCAUCUAUUUCUAUCCAACUUCUAAGAAAAGGUGGGCCUGCUUCUGUUUGUGAGAAUCUCUGCAGUUUAAAGAAGGGGUCUACUUGUGUAGUUAAUGCUGCUACCGAAAGAGAUAUGGCUGUAUUUGCCGCAGGAAUGAUUCAGGCAGAAUUGAAGGGAAAGAAAUUCUUAUGCCGCACUGCAGCUAGUUUUGUUUCAGCUCGGGUUGGAAUCAUCUCAAAAGCUCCAAUUUCACCUAGGGAUCUCGGAACGUACAGGGAAAGGAACGGCGGACUUAUAGUUGUGGGUUCCUAUGUUCCAAAAACAACAAAGCAGGUUGAAGAGCUACUAUUGCAUUGUGGUCAUGUCUUGAAACAUAUUGAGAUUUCUGUUGAUAAAAUAGCCAUGAAGUCAUUAGAGGAAAGGGAGGAAGUGAUCACUCAAGCAGCUGAGAUGGCUGAUGUGUUCCUUAAAAGUGGCAAAGAUACUCUUCUAAUGACUAGUCGACAGCUCAUCACGGGAAAAGAUGCUUCUGAAAGUUUAGCAAUCAAUUCCAAAGUGAGUUCUGCACUUGUGGAAAUAGUGCGCAGGAUAACUACAAAACCUCGGUAUAUCCUUGCAAAGGGUGGAAUUACAUCAUCAGACCUUGCAACGAAAGCCCUAGAAGCAAAACGGGCCAAAAUACUUGGACAAGCUUUGGCUGGCGUGCCCUUAUGGGAGCUAGGUCCUGAAAGCAGACAUCCAGGAGUUCCGUAUAUUGUUUUUCCUGGAAAUGUUGGUGACAGUAAAGCUGUAGCAGAAGUAGUUAAAAAUUGGAUCCAUCCUGGCAGGCUUUCCACCAAGGAACUUUUACUUAAUGCCGAAAGAGGUGGAUAUGCUAUUGGAGCUUUCAACGUUUAUAAUUUGGAAGGAAUUGAAGCAGUUGUUGCUGCUGCAGAGGAAGAACGAAGUUCUGCUAUUUUACAGAUCCAUCCUAGUGCCUUGAAGCAAGGAGGAAUUCCGUUGGUUGCCUGCUGUAUUUCAGCUGCAGAGCAAGCAAGUGUUCCUAUUACGGUUCACUUCGACCACGGAGAUUCCAAGCAACAAUUGUUAGAAAUGCUUGAGUUGGACUUUGAUUCAGUUAUGAUAGAUGGUUCGCAUCUUGCAUUCAAAGAAAAUAUUGUGUACACAAAACACAUUGCUGCCCUUGCGCACUCAAAAAAAUUGAUGGUAGAAGCUGAGUUGGGAAGAUUGUCGGGAACAGAAGAUGACUUGACUGUGCAAGAUUAUGAAGCAAAGCUUACUGAUGUCAAUCAGGCUGAAGAAUUCAUUGAUACUACUGGUAUAGAUGCUUUGGCAGUUUGUAUCGGAAAUGUUCAUGGAAAAUAUCCUGCUAGUGGACCAAAUCUGAGACUUGAUUUGCUCAAGGAACUGUACAAAUUGAGUUCAAGAAAAGGAGUUCACCUUGUUCUUCAUGGGGCUUCGGGAUUGCCAAAGGAUAUUAUCGAGGAAUGUAUAAAGUGCGGUGUAAGAAAAUUCAACGUGAACACUGAAGUUCGUAAGGCUUAUAUGGAAUCGUUAGCCAACUCUCAGAAAGAUCUUAUCGGUGUCAUGAAAUCUGCUAAGGAAGCCAUGAAAGCCGUGGUUGCAGAGAAGAUGCGUCUGUUUGGCUCAGCAGGAAAAGCAUGCUAA